GAUUCAUUCAAACCAUAAAAACAAACUCUGUCUUUCUCCUUCAUCAAUUAUCCUCUCUCUCUCUUUCUCUCACUUUUUUCUCUCUCUAUGGGGAAGAAAAUAACAACACUAAGAGAUCUCAUAGGCGCCAUUAAAGACAAAGCUUCACAAUCCAAAGCUGCUUUCAUCUCUAAACCAAGUAAUCUCUCUCUCCACCUCGCCGUCCUACGCGCCACCAGUCACACACCAUCAACGCCGCCUGACGACCACCAUGUCUCCGCCCUCUUAUCCCUCGGUGAUAGCUCACGCGCCACCGCUUCUUCCCUUAUCGUCAUCAUCAUGGACCGUAUCCACCGUACCGGAGAUUCCACCGUCGCCCUAAAAUGCCUCCUUAUCAUCCACCAUAUAAUUAAACGUGGACCGUUUAUUUUACAAGACCAGCUCUCUGUUUUCCCGGCCACCGGCGGACAUAAUUACUUAAAACUCUCCGCUUUCCGCGACGGCGCCACCUCUGCCACGUGGGCAAUCUCUGCAUGGAUCAGAUUUUACGCAAGAUAUAUUGAAACCCUACUUUUUACCUCAAGAAUCUUAGGUUAUUUUCUUUCUUAUUUUUCAUGCAGUUCCGAAAAAGAUAAACAAGAAGAAAAAAUCUCAUCUUUUUUGAACUCAGAUUUAAUCAGGGACGUUGAUUCUUUGGUUCAGUUGAUUGAAGAAACAUGCAAAGUACCUGAUUCCCUCCUUUUAGAAGGUAACAAAUUGUUGUACGAGGUCAUUGGAUUAUUGGGUAAUGAUUAUUUAUCGACCGUUAAUGAACUUUUAUUAAGACUCAGUGAGUUUAAGGAAAGACUGAGUUGUCUGAGUUUCGGUGAAUCGGUCGAGUUGGGUUGUAUUUUGAAGAGAUUAGAAGAAUGUAAAGAGAGAUUAUGUGUUAUUUUUACAGUGAAAAAACCUUCAACAGAGUUAUUAUGGAGUUUGGUUAAUGAUUUAAGUGAGAAAAUUGAGAAUUUGAAGGUUGGAAAAGAAGGUCCGAAGUUGCUAACGUUUGGAAUAUCAAGUGAGUCGGCUCGGUUCGGUAACCGAGUUAUGAAAUUUGGUGACUCGGUCCGGUUUUCUUCAGGAAGGUAUGAGAUGAAUAAUCUUUCUCUUAUGAUUGUGCAAGGAAAGAAAUUGGGAAAAGUUCAAUAAAUUGGAGAAUAUUUUUUGGUGGGGAACAAAGAAAAUUUAAAGCAAAAUUUUUGGAAAUUAUUGAAAGGGAAAAGUGCACUCUUGCCUUUUAUAAUUUUCAAAAUUUUACUGAUCAAGUUGGGAUUUUUCAUUAUAGGAAAAUAUAUAUUUUGGAGUCCCUUUUAUUUGCUCUUUUUGGUUCAGAGUGAAUUUUUGUUAAUAUGGUAGAGUUUAAUUUGUGGCAGUAAUAGCAUAUUUUGUAACAAUAUAUCAGAACUGCCAGAUCUUUUUUGUUGUUGGAUUUGAUAAAUAUAUUCCCACCAACAUUUUUGUACAUAUAUAAUACUUGAAUCUAUUAAUUGUGAAGAAAUAUUCUUCAAGCAUGAUAUAAAAUUAUAAAUAUUCUCGGGAUAUUUGUUAGUGCUUUGUAUUAUUAGGUCAAAAGUUGUGUACAUGUUAAGUUGGAGUCUGUAGGUCCAAUUUAAUCCAUUUUUUUGAGUUGAAUUAUCUUUAUGCUAUGAAAAAAGUAAAAAAAGUAAAUACAUAAUAACACUCAUUAUGAAUUCUCUGUUCAAUUAUGAAUUUGCCUGUGCUUAUGUGCAUGAAGAAAUGAUGAACAAAUGGACCGUUGUAAUGCCACUUUAUAAAGAGAAUGUUGAGGUUUUGUCAGAAUAUUGUAUUAUUAUUUCCUGGGAAGUGUUUCUUCUCUUGGAACAACAUAUAUGGUCUUCUUUCUCUA